AUGAUUCAGAAAAUUGUCUUGUUCGCAUUUUUUUUAACAAUAAUUUCAAGUGAGGAUGUACCUAUCGAUGAUUAUAAAGAGUACAGUUCAAUAAACCUACAUUUUGCCCAUGACUCUCAUUGGUGGCAGUUCGUUAAAGAUAGUGUGGUAGACAGUACUUUCAAAUCUUAUAAAAUAACUCUCGAAAAUUUAUUUGCAGAUAUGUUCUCAAUAAGCGACGUAUUAUCUACAGAAAGUGAAGUUUAUCAUGAUCUUAUUAAAUUUAAUUACUACUACACUUAUAAAUAUGGAUUUCAAUUUCAUGUUAAGAGACAUGCCAACGCAUUCGUAUAUUUAUUGGCAUCCUACGGUAGAGAUUUAGUAGUGUUUAAUAAAUAUGAACAAGACGCUAAAAAUAUUAUUUUAGUCAGUCUUAAAAAAAUGCAAAUUUCUUUAGAACGAGUAUACAAUGAAUACCACGAUACGUUAAAAAAAGAUAUUACACAGUUGGAAAAUUGCAAAGACAGUAGAGAAUUUAGCGAAAAAAUAAAAACAAUGGCAGAAACUUCAUUGGAUUGUGUCAAUAGCAGAAUAUUAUAUGUUAAGGACGAAAAAAAAAAAUUACCUGAGUUGACAUUGGAAUAUUUUAAUAUAGAAAGAUUUAUAUUAUUUGAUAAAAUGAUGAAAAUUUUAAAAAAAAUUGGUAAGUAUAUACAAAAAAACCAUAGUUUGAUUCAAACAAUUAAUGAGUAAAAAAUAUGUCCACAGUAAAAUUGAAAUAUUUUAAUUAAAAUUUUAUUUAUAUUUACAUUUACAAGUUUUAAUAUUAAAAAAAUAAUAAUAAUAUCAUAAUAAAAAAAUAAUAUUUCAUGGAUGUAACA